AUGCCCCAGGCCUGGAAGGCCCACACCUGCCCCUCCUCCCUGCUGACCACUGGUGUUUCUGUCUUGUUUGCACAGAAGACGCUGGGGCGGAAGCGUGCGCACAAGGGCUCCUUCAAGGAUGACCCCCGGUUCUAUCAGGAGAUCCGAGAGCGGGGCCUGACCACCAGCCAGGAGUCCGACGACGACCUGCUGGACGAGCCGGGCAGCCCCGAGGGAGCGCGGACGGUGGGCACCCCCAUCGUGGUCAAGAACUUCCGGGCCCCCCAGGUCACCUGGAGCCAGCUCCCCGAGGUGGUGGAGCUGGGCAUCCUGGACACGCUGCCAGCCGAGGAGCGCAAGAGGCAGGAGGCCAUCUUCGAGAUCCUCACGUCCGAGUUCUCCUACCAGCACAGCCUGGGCAUCCUCGUGACCGAGUUCCUGCAGUCCCGGGAGCUGCGGGCGACCAUGACCCAGACCGAGCACCACCACCUCUUCUCCAACAUCCUGGACGUGCAGGGCGCCAGCCAGAGGUUCUUCGAGGACCUGGAGCGCCGGCACAAGGCGCAGGUGUGCGUGGAGGACAUCAGCGACAUCCUGGCGGAGCACGCGGAGCGGCACUUCCACCCCUACGUGGCCUACUGCUCCAACGAGGGAGGGGUCGGUCCCCACCAGCAGCUGCAGGCCUGGCCCGUGGGACCGGGGCUUGACGGCUGUCUGUCUGUCCUCCAGUCCCUCCCGCUGAUCUCCGCCUCCCGCUGGCGGCUGAAGCGCGGGGAGCUGUUCGUGGUGGAGGAGGCCGGGCUGUUCCGGAAACUCGCCAGCCGGCCCACGUGCCACCUGUUCCUGUUCAACGACGUCCUGGUCGUCACCAAGAAGAAGAGCGAAGACAGCUUCGUGGUCCAGGACUACGCCCACGUGGACCACCUCCAGGUCCAGAAGGUGGAGGCCACGGAGCUGCCCCUGCCAGGCGGCGUCAACCGCAGCUCGUCUGUGCCGCACCUCUUCCAGGUGACCCUGCUGCACAACAGCGAGGGCCGCCAGGAGCGGAUCCUGCUCUCCUCUGAUUCCGCGAGUGACCGGGCCCGCUGGAUCACCGCGCUGACGUACAGGGAGCAGCAGUGGCUGGGCCUCGCCAACAAGGGAGGUGAGCGCUCGCCCCAGGAGCAGGGCUCGCAGCCCCCCUUCCUGCCCUGGUGGGGGCGGGUGAGAGAGGUACCCUCCAUCCUCCGUCCAUCCCACACCAGGCUGCGGGACGGAGAGACGGGCUGGUUCCCCGAGGACUUCGUCCAGAGCAUCACCAACCGCGUGGCCGUGGAGGGCAACAUGCGCAGGAUGGAGCGGCUGCGCGUGGAGACGGACGUGUAGCCGGCCACUGCCCUCUUCCCCACUCCCGCCAGCCCGCCCUGCCCUGUGCCCCCACAGCUGGGCCACAGGCGACGCGAGGGGCCCCGAGAACUGUGGGGACGGUGUGACUGUCUACCUCCUGCCCCGCUCGUGCCCGUGUGCGCAGGAGGCCUCGUGCCCGGGGCUACCCCGCCUCCGGAGAGGAGGGUGGGGAGGGAGGGACCGUGUGGCGCCGGCAUGUACUGUGACUGUGCUUCCCGGGACAUUAAAGUGCUUGUGCAACACC